GUUGCGCGAACGACACAGUGACACUGACACGGUUUCGGGAGGUUUACCGCGGGAAGUAAAGAAUGUAAGGACUUUUUUUUAAACGUUUGAAAACGACAAAAAUUAAUAGUUUUUAAACGUUUCUUUAAUCGCCCAGAUCUUCUUUAUAGUACCGGUUCCUCGCAGGCCAAAUGGUUUGUCUGCUUUGACGCUGAGAUAUAAUUUUUUUUCCGGCGACAUAGCUUGUUGUGAAAUGUUUUUGAAUUGCUAUUGUGAAACUUCACGAUUCCGAAGACUGGGAAACCAAGUAGUGUGAUCGAUGGGCAGCCGGAGGUGGGAGUGGCCAGUGCCAAGAUGAGUGCUGAGGUGCUACUGGAGGAGAUGCUGACCAAGCGAUCACAGCAGAAGAAGAGAACCUCCCCUCUGAACUACAAGGACAGGCUGUUUGUCCUCACCUCCACUAGGAUCAGCUACUACGAGAGCAGGGCUGAGAAGAGGAACAGGAAGGGCUUUGUGGACCUCAGCAAGGUUCGCUGUGUGGAGAUCGUUAAGAAUGAGGGCGGAACCAUACCGUGUCAAAACAAAUACCCCUUCCAGGUGGUGUAUGACUCCAGCAUCCUGUAUGUGUUUGCCCCUAGCCAUGACAGCAGGAGUGUGUGGGUCCAGAGCAUCAAAGACAGGAUCAGGCUGAACACGGAGGUGCAAGCCAAGUUCCACCCCCAGUUCUGGCAGGAGGGGGCGUGGCUCUGCUGUCGUCAGGCCGACAAGCUGGCCCCCGGCUGUGAGGAGUACAACCUGUUAGGAGACAUUUCCAGGAAGCCUCUCCCCCCUGUUCCUGAGGACACGUUCCGCCGCCCCCCCCCUCCUCCCCCCCCAGGUCUGGGCAGCAGCCUGGAGGAGGGGGAGGAGGAGGGGGAGGUGCUGGUGGUGGCGCUGUAUGACUUCCCUGGGGCGGAGCCUCAUGACCUCACGCUGGUCAAGGGAGAAGAGUACGUCAUCCUGGAGAAGUGUGACGUCAACUGGUACAGGGCCCGCAACACACACGGGGAAGAGGGCUACAUCCCUAGUAACUACGUGACAGAGAAAAAAUCAGAUGACCUGCGUCAGUAUGUCUGGUACAGUAAACAGGUCAACAGGAACAAGGCUGAGGAGCUUUUGAGGAGAGAGGAUAAAGAGGGAGGUUUCAUGGUUAGAGACUCCAGCAGUGCUGGAGCCCACACCGUGUCGCUCUACACCAAGUCAGGGGAGGGCGGCACAGCAGUCAAGCACUACCACAUCAAGUGCACCAAGAGCCAGCAGUUUUACCUGGCAGAGAGACACCUGUUCGACACCAUACCUGAACUCAUAGAGUACCACAAACACAACGCUGCAGGACUGGUGGCCAGGCUGAGGUACCCAGUGGGGGAUCAGGACACACCUGCCCCCUCUACUGCAGGCUUCAGCUACGAGAAGUGGGAGAUCAACCCCAGUGAGCUGACCUUCAUGAAGGAGCUGGGCAGCGGGCAGUUUGGGGUGGUGCGUCUGGGCAAGUGGAGGGCUCAGCACAAAGUGGCCAUCAAGGCCAUCAGAGAAGGAGCCAUGCUGGAGGAAGACUUCAUAGAGGAGGCCAAGGUCAUGAUGAGGCUCUCUCACCCUAAGCUGGUGCAGCUGUACGGGGUCUGCUCCCAGCAGGAUCCCGUCUACAUCGUGACGGAGUUCAUGGAGCUGGGCUGCCUGCUCAACCACGUCAGACAGCACCGAGACCACCUGGCUGCAGGCUCCCUGUUGAGCUUCUGUCUGGACGUGAGCGAGGGCAUGGAGCACCUGGAGCACCACGGCUUCAUUCACAGGGACCUGGCAGCCAGGAACUGUCUGGUGAACGCUGCUCUGGUGGUGAAGGUGUCUGACUUUGGCAUGGCCAGGUAUGUUCUAGAUAACCAGUACACCAGUUCGUCAGGAUCCAAGUUCCCAGUGAAGUGGUCUCCUCCUGAGGUGUUUAACUACUGCAAAUACAGCAGCAAGUCUGACGUCUGGUCCUUCGGGGUGCUAAUGUGGGAGGUGUUCACCAGAGGCAGGAUGCCGUUUGAGCAGAGCCCCAACCACCAGGUGGUGCUGAUGGUGUCCCAGGGCCAGCGCCUCUACCGGCCCAAGAUGGCCACCGCCGCCAUCUACCACAUCAUGCUGCGCUGCUGGCAAGAGAAACCAGAAGAGAGACCCUCCUUCUCCCAGCUAUGCGAACUGAUCUGUGACUCCCUGGAAGUUGAGGGGUCAUCACCCUGAACCGACCAAUCACACACAGGGACCAACACAACUGACUAAUCAGAUCAACUGUCCCAGGUUUCAAAUGAUGAGACUCCAGACUCACCCGGCCGAUGGUUUGGAAUGCUGGAGCUAGUGGGAUAUUCUAGAACCUAUUCUAACCUUCCAGAAUCUACUGUAGAAGUUAUAUCUUCCUUUAAGGACAGAUGGAAACAGACACGCUUGUGAAUAAAUGAUUUGAUUUAAUUCCUUGGAAGUCGCUUUGGAUAAAGCGUCUGCUAAAUGCAUAAAUGUAAUGUAAAUUCCUUCCUUCAUUAAUUAACCCACUGACGUAUUCCAGUUAACCAAGUCAUGUAUAUCUCCUAACCAAGUAUGCCUCAUAACCAGUUCUGUAUGUGUUAAUGUGUCUAGUUGUGUUUCUAAGCUUCUGUGACAUAUUGAAUAGUUGCAUACUCAUUAAACAGAUGUGAAACUGAACAAAUGAAUAA